AUGCGACUCGGAGGACAUGUGAAAGCCGGCAUUUUCCGCAGGCACUACCAGCCCCGAGAAACGAUUGAUGGCGCGGCAAAUUUCCUGGGCCGAGAGCAAAGAAAGGACGUUCUGGAGGUCAGCCAGGAGUUGAACAUCCCCUACGUCCCAAACCUACUGCAAUCCCUACCAGCGCGUGAGCUUUAUGAUCUC